GCGUAUCGGAUGGAGAAGGCUGUCAGACGAGCGUCAACUUUACUAAAACACAUUGUAACUCGUCACUCACUGCAGAUGACGUCCAGAGAUUUUACUGCUGGGAUUAUUGUGAUCGGGGAUGAAAUUUUAAAGGGGCAGACAGCUGACACCAACUCACAUUUCCUGUGCAAACAUUUAUUUACCCUCGGAGUCAAAGUCAAAAAGAUUUCUGUUAUUGGUGAUGAUCUGGAAGUAAUUGCAAAAGAAGUCUGUGAGUUUUCUUCGAGGUACACCCAUGUGAUCACCUCUGGUGGAAUAGGCCCUACUCAUGAUGAUCUCACAUUUGAAGGUGUGGCUAAGGCCUUUAAUGAUGUUGUCUCCCCUCACCCUGACAUUGUGGAGCUCUGUAGGCAGUUCUGGGGGGCUGAAGAUCUUUCCUCACCAAAGAUGAAACUGGCCAUGAUUCCAAAGUCGGCCCGACUGGUGUAUGGGGUUAACAAGAAGACCGGAGAGAAGAAUAAGUUCCCUCUAGUGGUGGUCAAUAAUGUGUAUAUAUUCCCCGGUGUCCCAUCCAUUAUGGAGAGGAGUUUUAUAGCUUUAGAGGAUUUGUUUAAGAAUCCUGAUGCCCAUUUUUACACAGAAGAAAUCUUUGUCCAGCAAGAUGAGGUAUCAAUUGCUGCCAUACUGAAUGAGGUGGACCAAGAAUUUAAACUUGAUGUAACACUGGGAUCAUACCCAGACUUUCAUAACAGUUAUUACAAAGUUAAAUUGAUGCUGGAAUCCAGUAAACCAGAACAAAUACAUAAAGCUAUUGCUUCACUGAAAGAAAAAUUACCUGAAGGUAGCAUUGUAGACUAUGAUAGCCAGCCCAUCAAAAAUGCAACACGUAGAGUUUAUGAUGUGAUCGAGUCAAGUAACUCUGAUGACCAUUACAGGAACUGUGUUAAAGAGGCUGUGUCUGUAUUAGAGGAAUGUCUAGAAAAAUACAGUUUAGAUGAAAUAUGUAUUGGCUUCAAUGGAGGAAAAGAUUGCACAGUCUUACUUCACAUUUAUUAUGCAGUUGUGAAAAGAAAGUAUCCCGAUUUUCAAGGAAGGCUGAAAGCUUUGUAUAUCAAGAGCAGACUCCCAUUUCCUGAGGAAGAAAAAUUUACACAGUUAUCACGAGAUAAGUAUCGACUUGAGAUGUUGCACUUUGAGGGUCGUAUAAAAGACAGUCUCCAACAGUUGAAAGAUAAGCAUUCUGACAUCAAAGCUGUUAUAAUGGGCACCAGGAUUACAGACCCAUACUCAAGUCAUUUACAAGCCUUCAGUAUGACCGAUUCUGAUUGGCCACAGUUUAUGAGGGUGAAUCCUGUUUUAAACUGGUCUUAUAGACAUAUAUGGAAGUUUCUUAGAGACCUAAAUAUACCUUACUGUAGUUUAUAUGAUAGAGGAUAUACCUCUUUAGGUAGUAUGAACAACACACACCCCAAUCCACUGUUACAGUACAUUGAUGAUCAUGGAGUGUUGAGGUAUAAACCAGCCUACACCUUGUCAGAUCCUACAAAGGAGAGAGAUGGCAGGAACUGAUCCUAUUGUA